AAUUUAUUAUUCAUUUUUGCAGCUUUGUAUAGGUCACGUGACCAGUAAGCUCGGUAAAUAAAGUUCAGCCUUCAACUAAGUUGUAAUCACAAUCUGAACAAGCACAACAACAUCAUUCCCCAGCAAUGCCGAGCGACCAGGAGUCAGGCAGUGGCGUCAGGAUAAGCCAAUUACGACAGAUAUCGUCAUCGAUAGUCACCGCUCUUCCUAUAUCCACGCUCACGCAUGAUGAUACGGGAGACAUUGCUUCCAUCAUCGAUGGUGCUUACGGCGCGAUAUUCACAAUUACCCGAGCCUGGGCGGCAGAUGCAUAUCUUAUUAAUAUCGAAUACCAGAAUAGGAAGUGUUCUGGGAUUGCAUUCCAUAUAAUCGAUCAGCACUUCGGGGUGUUUAGAAUCCCGCUGUCUUUUCAACCAGAUGACAAACAGUCCACGGAGGAAAAGCCCACUGAGGUCAGGAGUAGCAAAGACUUGAUAGAGAUGUGUGUGGAUGAACCUAUAGGAGAACUAUCACCUUCUUCCCAGGAUAUACUAAGCAGGUUUUCAAUGACACCUCCGAAACAACAGCCAAUUGUACCAUUAGAACCAGAGGAAAACCCACUAACAUUCAUACAAUCACGAUAUUACACCACGUUAUACUCCCUCAAGAAUCCACUUAGUUACUUCCCAAAAACUGCUCUUGCCAGACUACGCAUUCUCUGCAAAGAGGACCAAGGCGAGAUUGCAAAGAUACUCAAGUCUAUUUUUGUCAAUAUUAAGAUGCUAGAUAGGAGACACACCGGACAUAAGGGACUUCUUUCGACUACCGAUGACAAGACAGCCCUUGCAGAACAGGAGAAUCAGGGUUUAUUCUUGCAGACACAUCCAGAAUUCAGUGAUGAGAAAGCAGAUGUGGAUAAAAUUAGCCAACUCGUACUUGAUUUGAAGAUCCGCGAGGCACAAUUGCAAAUUCUUGUCAUCUUCGAGAUUUUGCACACUCUUGGCGUGAAUGAAGAGGAGUUCCUCGAGAGUAAUGCGGCAAAACUCGACAAGUUUCGUCGAAAACGAGAGAAGGAACUUUCGAAACGAUCCUUGAUUAGAUCUAGAAAGGGAAAGAAGAAAAUCAUACCGACAUUCCUUGGUAUGGGCGUCGGUGUAGAAAUCGAGAAACCGGAAGUGACACAUACGAAACCCGUUGAUGAAAUGUAUGAAUAUUAUACUACAUUAAACAACCUUAUUGAUCGAAUGGGGCUUUGGGAUGCAUUAACUACGUCGAGAAGUGAUAAUAAUUACGGAUUCAUGGCGUAUGUUCUUGUUCCGUACUAUAACAAGAAACUACCACAUUUGGUGAAGUAUCUCGUGGAUAAUAUCAAAGGACUGAAUAUGAAGCUAGUCUCGAAACCAGCUAAACGAACAAAGAAGGCUACGUCAGAAGAUCAGCCAAAACAUGAAAGUAAACACAAGCAUUCAAAAUUCAAAAAAGUGCUCUUGGAGAAACAGCCACCUACACUUCGAAAUGCAGCUACAUUUGCAUCUGAUUCCACAUUAUCCAACCUGAAUGACUUUUUAACUUCACUCAAACGAUCCAAGUCUAAUUUAUCAUCCAAGAGUUUGACGAGACGACAGGUUGAUUUGAAUGUCAAGGCAGCGGUGACUGUCGAGCCAGAGCCAGAACAACCAUCAUUCAUAUUUGGAAACGCUAAACGAAGCAAGUCGGUAAAAAGUACAGACCCAAUUGUCGUUGCUACUCCUGUCAAACUGAGAUCGUUCUCACAGAUCGAUGCAACACCAAUUAAGAAACCUAAUAUUGUCAUCGAAGCUACUCCGCAAAAGACGAAACCGUACUAUGCAAUUCCCGAGACUCCCAAUGACAACUUCUUAAAGCCGGGAAAACGAGAUGACCGUGCCACGUUAGUUGCCGUAACACCACAAAAGAUCAAAUCUCCAUUUAUAGAAAAGACACCAUUACAAGCAGUAAAUUCGUCACCAUUGAAAGAAAUCACAUCAUCUACACGAAAGAAGCGACCAGGGGAACCAAUCCCCUUGGAAGAUUCACCAUUUUACACUGCCGGCUUAUUCAAAAGGUCGGAGUCGCUUCCUGAUCAACAACUAUUACAUUCGGAUUCUGAAUAAUUAUACAAUGUAAUAUUACUACUAUUUAUACAACUAACUCGCCAAAGAAUAUACCUUCGACGAUGCUCUUGGCGUCGUCUUGCAGCAACACUAAAUCAGCCAACUUUUCGCCUAUUCUCUCCUUUAAUUUUUCCUUCAACUUGUCAGAGAUAUCUACAUCCAUGUCUGAUUCCUCCUUUUGUACUUUUAACUUGCGGAGGAUUUCCAAUACGGUGUCGAGCAAGAUUUUCUGUUCAUACUCGCUCGUUUUUGUAGAGUCCUCAACAACCAGCUUGCACCAUACCCGUAAGUUACCAAUGAGAACCAACUUUAUAACUUCAGGACCCAUGUUCUUCAAUCCGAGUAAGGCACCGUAGUGGGUCUCCAUCGGCUUGGAAUAGUCCAAUAGUGCUCGGAGUAAAGUUCGGGUUACUCUUGGACGUAAUGUAGAAUAUGACGAUCCGUAAACUUCAAUGAUAUGCUUGAGCAAGAUGGAAGCGAAUGUUCUCACUUGUAAUUGUCGCAUCAACAACUCUUGUGAUUCCUUAGUGGUGGUUUCCUUGAUCACGGGUCCGAUUCUCUUGGCCAAAAGAAGAGUCAAGAUAGAUGGCAUUAGUGCAUGCACAUAGGGAUUCAAGAAUAUGGUUUUGUUUUCCACAAGUGCGGAAAUGACCUCAAGCAUCGUUAUGAGAAUGUCAAUGUUUCUUAACUGGUCCGUGAUUUGCGCCGAUACGAAUUGGGUAAAGUAGGGCACUAAUUGAUGCAAACCCGGGUCGCUUCUUAACGAACUCAAUGCGGCUUGCCUGAGGGGUUCUUUUUCUGGGUCAGACGAGAUUAAAACUUCGACGACUUUAUCGAAAUACAACUUUAAUUCCUUGGACAAGACAUGUUUAACUAAUGGUUUCACUUCGAGUUCUCGUUCUGUGGCCGCAGCCGCCGCAGCUGAAGCGGAGUCCUUCUUGUCCUUACCAGGUUGUGCAUCCUUGCCGUCGACACCAGCACCACCGGCAAAACUCAAUAUGUCAUUGCCGAGAAUCGACGAGGUGGCACCACGGAUAAUAGGUGGAAGACUCUUGAUUUCCGAAGGCAAGGGGUUCUGGGGAACCAUGGGCUGCACGCCUUCAAUGGCCAACCAGUGGGCCGUGAAUGUGGUUUGUCUAGGAACCUUGGGCAAUUCCUGAUUGAUUAAUUUCUCAAAUUCGAUUUCCUGAUCGUCGAUAUAGUACAACGUCUGCCCGCCGGUGCCUACCAACGUCUCCUUGAACAGAAGCGGCUGUGAGUUGUCAUAGCCAUAUAAUGGUUCGACGUUGAGGAUCUUGAGGGCGUGAUUGAUGUCGGUAGUCAUGAGGAGCUUCCGUUUGGAGUGACGCAUGAUUUUGAUGGCGGUUUCGAGAAUCUCGUGGAUGCGGUACUCAACAUCCAUGGCUAGGUUUUUGGCGGCUUCAUCGGGCAAAUUUAUCCCUAGUGAAUCGGCGGCGUCCUUGACUGUGUCGUAUGGCGACCACAAUGAAUGCGACAAGGGUACUUUGGAGUCCAUUGUGUGCUUCAGUUGAUCGAUCCUCAGUUGAUACUGCUACUGCUGCCUGGUUGUUGUUUUUUUUUCCAGUUUACGAAUGACUGUUUGAGGGCUUAACCUGCAAACUGGGAUAUUUUACAUGUUACAAUAAGCUGCAAAACACAGCAACCACACCAUUAGCUUAUCACGCCCUAUAUUCUAUAUAGCUUAUACAGUUUUGACACUCUUUUUCAAAUUAACCAAAACACCAGGCUUGGCUAAGAUCGGAACAAUCUUUCCCUUGUUUCUCGACUUUCGUCUUGGUUUAGCGACGCGAUGAUUAUUCUCGGCAUCAGUCUUCAAGAAUCGAGGCUCGGUAGGGAAUCUCUCGGUCGAAAUAUGCGUGGGCAAAGUGUAGCCAACCACACUGGCACACAUCAAGUUGUUUGAAUUUAUUCUCACUCCACCAUGAUGUUGAAAUACACAAAACCCACAAGUCAAAUUGGUGUUUUGGAAAAUGUCAAUGGCGUUAGACACCUUGACGACAUUCCCAUUGCCUCGGUCCAAACUGACCCAGGAUGCUUCGCUAGUCACCAACCUAUACUGCUGGAACCUGAUGUGUUUCAAGACACUAACCACCUUGAGUCUAUACGCUGGAACAAAACCGUCACGAGGCACCGAGAUCAAGUUCUCCUGCUCGUGGUACAUUGUGAAACACGCAGGUUCAAUCUCCUCAAUUUCCAACCUAGGCAAGCCGAGUUUCUUGAAAACGGUGGUGAGGUUGGGGUAUUGGUUGACUAUUCCCAUGAUUAGCUCUUGUGACAGAUCAGCCAAUGCGGACGGGAUGUCGGGAAUGUAGAUUGCAUUGACUGUCUUCAUUGGUCGGGCCAUUUCUCGAAUGAUGUCUUUGAAGUAUGUUGGGAGUAUGCAUCUUGGUAGGAUCUUUUCGAAACAAGGCAAGAAUGGAUCAGGUCUGCCUCCAGCUGAUCUCCAGGUUUGUUGGUUAACAAUAACGUAGACCGUAAAACAUGAGUGUAAGUAUCUGAUCACCUCUUUGGAAUCAUCUGGCAAUGACUUCUUGAUUAAGUUGUCGAAUUCUGUGAAAUCCACGGGGAAAAAUACAAUAUUAGGUUUGUGUUGAACCAUAAGGACAAGUGGUCAGACUAGAACAAAACACGUUGCAGCAAAAAAAAAUAAUUAAAUAAAUAAAUAAAAACAAAGCAAACAAAGGCAAUGAAUAAAGUAUGGUAUCUGUCUUAACGGUGUUAGACCAAGGGGGGAGAGGGUAAAGGUUAUAAAAGAUAUAGAAACAAGAAGCAAUAGAUGU